GCGUCCUUCCCCCGGGCCCUAGCGACCGCCCGGCCUGGCGCCCCGCGCACGGCUCGGAUCGGCCCGGACGCGUCCGGAGUGCCGGGGGCCGCCUGCCGCGGCACCGCUAGCCCCUCUGCCCGGGCUCCGGCGGCCGCAGGCUGCCUGCUGCUCAGCCGGGGCGGCGGGGGGGCCGCUCUGCUGGCGGCGCUGUGUGGACGGAGCGCCCGUCCGCGCCGAGGGAGCGCCGUGCUCGGUUCCCGCCGGCCGCGGCGCUUGGGCGGCCGCCUGCAGCGGCGCCGGGUGUCGCUGGAGCCCCGUGCUGAGCUGCCGCCGGCGCGUCUGUCCGGGCUGCCGGUGCGCCGGCGGACCCCGGUACCGCGUGUGCUGGAACGAGCGGUGUCCCGGUGUGAGCGCAGGCAGGUCACGGUGCUGCUGUGACUUUUAGCUUGCCUAAAAUUUCUGGCCUGCACUAACGAAAAUCUAGUGAUUCUGUCAGCCGAAACAACUGCUGCGUUCCAUUUUUUUAUGAUAUGGAAAAGAGUAUUCUCUGAAGAUUGUCAACUAGAAGUAUUGUAUGGUCGAAGAUGAUGUUCAUUCUCCAUUCUUAAAAAGCUGCAUAUUGAACAUCAUGAGUUUGUCCGCUUCGGUCAGCUACGCUGCUAUGGAAGCUAAAUGCUUACAUAAUGCCAAGCCUGAGUCACGGUCACUACAAAACAGCAAUGAAUCGGAACUGGACACUGCGGAAGAUCUGAGAAAGAAACUCUGUCAAGCUAAAACAGAAAAACUAGACUUAACCAUCAAACACAAUCAAGAAUUGUCCAACUGUGAAAGCCAGAUUGUCAAAUUACGGUCAGAAAUUGAGAAAGGAGAGGCUGUUCGACAAAGUCUGGAGUAUGAAUUGGCAAUUGCCAGGAAAGAUGCUCGUCUGAAAAUGUAUGCUGCAGAACAGGAGUUAAGUGAUGCAAAAAACAAACUUGUGGAACUGCAAGUGUUGAAUGGAAAGCUUCAUCAGAAAGUGGCAGAGACUGAGAAAAUGUUUCAUAUUGCUCAGCAGAAGUGGCAAGAACAGCACCAAAGACUUGCAAGUGAGAAGGAUGAUAUCCGCAGAACUUGCAAAAGUGAAUAUGAAUUGCUACUUAAGGAAAGAACCAAACUAGAAAGUAUUCUGCAGGAGCAGAAUAAUGCAUUGCAAAGUAUGCACAAGAAAAUGAAAGAUGUGGAGGUGGAACACAGUGGCUGCAGGCAGCUGCUGAGACACCAGGCCAGCGAGCUUGAAUACAGCGCUGAACGAGAGGAGCGACUUAAAAAAGAACUUGAAGCAGCUACAGUGAAAAUAAAGAAACUGGAAGAAAACAUUGAAGCAGAGAGAGCAGCGCAUUUGGAAUCCAAAUUCAAUUCAGAGAUCAUCCAGUUAAGAAUUCGAGACCUUGAAGGAGCUUUGCAGGUGGAAAAAGCCAGCCAAGCAGAAGCUCUUUCGGAUUUAGAAAUGAUCAAGAAAGAGUUCAAAGAGGUAGAAAAUGCAUAUGAGAGAGAAAAACACAAUGCCCAAGAGAACUUGAAAAAACUCAAUGCACUCAAAAGUUUUCUUGAAUUAGUGUUCUUCCAGUGCUUGGUCUUGGCCUGUUAUAUUCAGUCCUUCCAAGAUCUUGUAUUUGAGGUUAGACCAGCCAAAUACAGCAUCCCCAGAUUAGAAAGAGAGUGUUUCUCUACAAACAAGCAAAUGAAUGAGAAGAUUGAGGAAAAGAAAGCGGUAAUUAAAGACCUCACCCAGAGACUAGGGAAUAAUGAAAAAGCCUUCAGAGAAUUACAGGAGCAACUUUCAAUGGCCAAGAAACACCAGGUCUUUCUAACAGAGACAUAUGAAAACAACAUGAGAGAGCUGGAGUUACUCUUGGACAGCUUUGCUAUGUCAGGCCAGCGGACAGCAGGCACCUGUAAUGACAAAGGUAAAGCUGCGAGGGGCUCUGUCCUUGAGACUUUGAGGUGUACCUUGACAGUUUACCAGAACAAGCUGGAAGAUAUGUCUAAUGAGCUUGGGAAAAUGAAGGCUUUGUGUGAAAAGAUGACAAAGGAACUUGAGAUAUCCAAAGAGAAAAGGUGUGCUUUAAGUCAAGACCUUAAGGAAACUCAGGAUAACCUGGCUGAUGCCAAUAAAGAGUUAAAUCAUCUGCACACUAAGUGUGCAGACAGAGGGACUUUAAUAGGAACUUUAAAGAUGGAACUACAGAAUGUACAGCAAUGCUGGGAGAGGGAGAAAGCACGUGCCACAGAAUCUGAAAAUGAAAUCCAGAAGCUUACCAGGGCUUACCAGAAGGAUAUGGAGGAGAAGCUAACCUUCCUCCAUAGCUUAUACCAGCGUUUGGUAGCAGGCUGUGUGCUUAUAAAACAACCAGAAGGCAUCCUAGAUAGAUUCUCGUGGUCUGAGCUUUGUGCAGUCUUGCAGGAGAAUGUUGAUGCCCUGAUCUUAGACCUCAACAGGGCUAAUGAGAAGAUAUCUCACCUAGAAUGUGUUUGCAAGAACAAAUCCGAUACUAUGAAGGAGCUUCAGCAGAGCCAAGAAGAUGCUUUUAGCAAAAUGGCUGAACAGAUGAAAGCACAGGAAAGCUGUUGGCAGAAACAAAAAAAGGAUCUGGAACAGCAGUACUCAGGUCUCCUUGGGGAAGUUCAUGCAAGGGCACAGGAAUACCAGGAAACAGCAGAGAAAAGCAAGGAAAAGAUUUAUGUCCUUGAAAAAAGACAGGAUAUAUUGGUCCUUGAAAAUGUUUCUGUGAAAAAUAUGUUAACCCAGGUUCAGAAGGAGCAUUCAUCUCUCCUGGCAGCCUGUGCAUUGUUGGCAGGUGCCCUGUAUCCCCUCUAUGGCCGAUCAUGUGCUAUGUCGUCCCAAAGAGACCUUCUCCAGGAUCAGGUCAACAUUUAUGAAUUAGUGAACCGGGAGAUUAGGACCCUAGCUCAUGCUCUCUCUGAUGCAGAGGAAAACAAUCAACAUGAAGCAACACUGAAGGAAAGAAAAUUCAAAGGCCUGAUUCGUGUAUUCCGAAGAGGUGUGAUUGCAGUUUUGGCAGCUAACAGACUUAAAGUUUUAGCCCAGUCUUCUACUUCCCUCUUCUCCUGGGUAAAUAGCUUCAAAGAAGGCAUUGGAGUUCUAGUUUGUAUAGGAGACUCCAAAGGCAAGCGCAAUCUGCCAAGUCGCGAAGAGGAACAAAUUCACUAUGUUGAAGCGCUCAGCUGGUUUACUAGUUCUAACCUCCUUGCUGCAAUCAUCAGUUCUGUCACUGAAUUACAGGCUGUUGUUAACAAAACAGAUCCAAAGCCCCAGCUUUCUGGACACUUACUUGUAAGUGCAGCCAGGAACUCCUUUUCAAAGCUUAUGGACAAGCUGAAUGUGAUAAUGGAGACUGUUCCACUUGACAGCAGCAGGAGCAUUACGUACCUGGAAAAAGACUCUUUGGUACAGAGACUGGCUCAUGGACUUCAUAGAAUAAAUAGCCAGGCCCUGGAAGCUGGAUUGUGUGACAGACUACCCAUCACGGAAAGCAUAGCAUCCUUGCAGAAGCAAAUAUUUGAAUUUACACAAAGGCUUCAUACAACAGAGGUGGAACGCCGCUCACUGCGCCUAAAACUUGCAGAAUUCAAGUGGAAUUUCAGUGAAAUGAAGAAAGAAGCUGACAAAGCCCAGAGCCUGCAAGAGCAAUUAAAUAUGUUUAAGAAAUCUAAACUGAUCACCCAUGAGAGGUUUGAAAGUACAUGUGAAGAAUUGAAUAAUGCAUUACAUCGGGAGCAUCAGGCACAGGUGCUUUUGAAUGAACAGGCACAACAGCUACAGGAGUUAAAUAAUAAACUGGAAUUGCACUCCAGUGAAGAAGCAGAUAAAAACCAAGUCUUAAGUGAAACCGUAAAGAGACUCUCCGAGGCAAAGAUGGAGCUGAGAAGAAAAGAUCAAUCUCUGCAUCAGCUCAAUAGACUUCUUACCCAGCUGGAGCAGGACAAACGUCGACUGAAAGAGAGCAUCCGUGAUGCGGAGAGUGCCCUCUGCGUGGCAGCGAAAGACAAAGAAUUGAUUAUUAGUCAUAUGAAAUCUGUGGAAGCUACUUUUCACAAGGUUUACAUAUUGAUUUUGAAAGCAGUGCUGUAUGUGCACGAGGAUUGAAAUGUUUUGGGAAAGGUUAUAGGGAAGGUCACAUGCUUAGUACUAAUUUUCCUGAUGCAGUAAAUGGCUUGAGAAACUGCCACUUUUCUUUGAGAAUUGUAGUUACCACAUCUGCUUCUUAGUUCUUGCUGUACAUCGUUGUUAGGCCCAAAUGGCUUAUUAUUGAGUAACAGAGUAUUUAUCCUUUCUGGUUUGACAACCUAAAGAAUAUGGAAAACGUAAGAAUUAGAAAUGCCAGGAUGCUCCUUUCAGCAGGAACGAAAAAUAAUUGGUUGUAAAUCAUUCAUAAUUUGAUGUAUCAUUUCUUCUAGAAGAACAAAGGGAAAUUAUUGAUCUUUGGGAAAUAUCUGAGAUGUAAACCCUACAUCAUAAUGGUAGCUAAUUAUCUAACAAUGAACAUGGCUUCUGUGUAAACUAUCAAGUUUACAUUGUUGUUCAUAAAGGUUAUCUCACACAGUGAAAAAUCAGAACAUGAUGAAGGAGAUGAAAUAGUAUUAAAGGAAUCACAAGCCUGUCUUUUCCACCAUAGGAGGUCUUGGAAGUGCUUUUGUUUUCAAAAAAAGGAAUCAAAAGGAAAUGGAUAAAGUUCAGAAUCAUCUGGAGCUGAACAAGUAUUAGUAUUGAGUGCAGAAAUAUUUAUGGGAGUUUGAAACUGAAUAUUGCGGUAUUUCUACAUUGAUGUAUUCAUGAGGAAAUAUCCACAAAAUUCCAUGCAUUACUUGUAGGAUCUGUGUUAUGAAUACAUAAUGCUAAAUUUUUGCCUAUACAACUCAGAGAGAUUUUACAGACAUCCUUAGUAAUCUUAGUCAGACUCAGGAUAAGGCAGUAUACACUGAUACCCAUUACAGUGAUCUCAUUCGUUGCUCUGCUAUAUUGCUACAAGAAUUCCAGAAGGCAGCAAUGUAUGUACUAGAUCAUCUGCCUUUGUGUAUGCUUGGGUGUAACAUUCUGCAAACAGAGCAAGCAGUAGCUGAGGGAGACAAUCUCUGGGCAUGGCUUCUAAUACAGCUAUAGACAAGGCAUCACUUAAAACACUUACUGCCCCUCUCCCCUGUGUGACUGGAUGGAAGAUCUAUUAAUAGUAUCAUGCAUUUGGCUUUGUCAACAAGUGCUUGGGUGUGCUUGCACCCAGAAUGUUUCUUUUAAAACCAUUUCAGAGCCACCUUUAAAAAAUAAUCAUGAAUAUGUAUGAAGCAUAAAUGUUGAAGAACUGAGCAUGUGAUAUGCUAAGAAAGAAAACAUUUUUAGCAGCUAGUUCCAUAUCCUCCAUACCCUGCAAGAUAUUCUUUAGGAGGAAGGUUAUUUUUUGUCUUUACCUGGAUCUUGUCAUGUUAGCAAUCUUCAUCUGACUCCUGGAACUGGAUUAUUUGUACAAGAGUUCACGACACCAUUAAAAUAAGAGAUAUUUCCUUAUUUUAUACCAUCUAAAUAUUGAAGGCAAAUAUCAGAGUGCAAAGUGAAUGUUUUACCAAAUUAAAAAAAAGAAAACCACCACCACAGGCAAAGGACCUCACGAAAAUUUUGGUUCGGUUCAGUUCUGUUCUUAUAAUAUUAAAGAUGGUCACAGUAUCACAGAAUGUUUGGGAUUGGAAGGGACCUCAAAAGAUCAUCUAGUCCAAUCCCCCUGCUGGAGCAGGAACGCCUAGGUGAGGUCGCACAGGAACAUGUCCAGUGUUCACGUGUACAUGAUGAGGAUGUAAUAGCUGAUUUUUUUUUUCUUAAAUCUAGAUUCAGAAAACAGAUACUUUUUUUUUUUUCUUCCCUAGAAUUUAUUAGAUAGCCUUAAACUGAAAAACUUUGCAAAGUAGAAAAGGUUUAAACAUUGGCUGCUUAGAGAACUGUAGUCCAUAACUUGACCAAUUACUUUUGGGGGUUUAUUUUAAGCCAAAUGUAAAAUGUCAAAUGGUAACAGAAAUAAACUAAUUUUUACUGGAAGAAUUCUUAAGGAAAAUUCCAUCUGCUUGAAGUUCAAACAUAAAAUGUUUUCUUAAAAAGUGUUGUCAUCAAGAGAAAAAGCAUUUAAGUGAAUGUCUUACUUUAAAACCCAUCUGCAGUCCUUUUUUAUGUAUGAAAAAUAAAUAAUUUCUUGAAACAGUUUCCUCUCAAAUAUAUGUUGAGAAGGUACUUUUAUUAUAAAUAUACCCUUGUUAUACUUGUUGAUAAACUGUAUUUCAUUAUUAAUUUCUUCUGUACUUCUUAACGUCAUGUUUGCAUAAACAGAGUAAGAGACAUUAAAUCUGUUCAUUUUAUGCAAC